AUGUCUGGACUCUUCUUAUCUGAGGGCUGGUCUACCACCAACAGGCAUGCCUUGUCUUCUGAACAGAGAAGCCAAGCUAAUGCAGAGAGUCAUGCUAGCAAAGAGGGGGGCCCCCGAUACUCUUUAAGUAUCAGACUACUUAGCAUCAUAAGAGACUCGCUGCUUCAAAUGCAACUGGUUUUCAGAUGGCAGAAUUUUACCCUUUCAAGGACAGUUUUUCAUGUUAGCGAUAUUGACCUGAUAGCUUCUGAAACUACGCAGAUGGAAUGCCUUAAGCCAGUGGUUGGCAAAUUCAUUCGUCAAUAG